AUGUCGUCUGCAUUUCAUAUUCAUAUUGGGGGGGCUGGUGUAAUGAUGGGUGAUAUGUUAUGGAAAUUGUAUGAUAAGGAACACAAUGAGACUACAUAGAAGAAUUAUAUUUAUGACUAAGUUGAUGAAAACUAUCAUCCAUUAGCACUAUUUGCUGAUUUAGAUGACAGAAUGAUAUAUGAGGUUUAAAGAAAUAAAUAAAUCAAAUUUAAGAAGCAUUCAUUUGUUUAUGGAAAAGAGGACUCAUCUAAUGUCUAUUCUAGAGGAAGGUAUACUGUCGGAAAAUACUUAAUUGAUCAGGGAUUAGACUUUAUUAGAAAAUAAGUAGAAACGAUGGAUCGAUUAGAUUAAUUUCUGAUAACUGCAUCAAUAAGCGGAGGGACUGGGUCUGGAUUUUCUUCUUAAUUAAUUGACAGUUUAAGAUAUGAUUAUGGAAUAAAAGUAAAACAGAAUGGAUUUAUACUAUUCCCAUCCUCAUAAAUGUCGAAUAAUGUUCUUGAAAUUUAUAAUUCUAUUUUUUCAAUUUAUAUGACAUUGGAGCAUUUUGAUAGUAUAAUUAUGUUUGACAAUUAAUCAAUAUACAAUGUGAUUGAUUAACAAUUAGAUUUAGAUUAUGUAGAUUAUUCCCAUUUAAAUAACGUGAUUGCAUAAAUAAUUAGUUCAUACACUGGACUAAGAAGAUUUAACAAUAUUAACAAUUCCAAACUUUUUUAAAAUAUUUGUCCAUAUCCUGAUUUGCAUUAUAUCAUUCCUUCAUAUGGAAAAAUGAGUUUAAUAAAUGAUUACACUAGAAAAAAAUAAAAUCAAACUGAAUUUAUAAAAUAUUUAACUUAAAAAGAGAUUAAACUUUAUUAAUGUCCUAAAAAUCCUAAACAUCUUUCAACAACCUUAUUAUUUAGAUAAAAGGAAGAGAACAAUUUUUAUGGCAAGUUCGAUUUGACUCUUUAAAAUUUAGAACAUUUCUAUCAAUAAAAUCCUCUAGUUUUUCAAUGCACUUCAUCUAAUUACUAAAUAUUACCUGAACUGGCUGAAAUGAAAUAAACUGGAAUAUUCUUCUCAAAUGAUGCUUCAAUUUCGAAUAGAUUUAAUUUGUUAGGAAAGUAGUGGGAUUAACUUUAUGCUAAACGAGCUUUUGGUUGGGUCUACAUUAGAGAAGGUCUUGAAGAAUGUGAAUUUUAAGAAGGAAGAGAUAUAUUGAAAUCUUUAGAAAAAGAUUACAGUGGAAUUAUAGAUGCAUCUGAUUCUUCAAAUUAGAAUAAUUUUAAUGAUGAAUUAUGA